CGGUCGAUGAACCAUCCAGAUGGUCACGGGAAAUCCUCCUCUUUCCUGUUUCCUCCCGAUUCUUCCUAGUCUCCGUAUGUUUUCUCCGCCGCCGCCCGGCGAAUCCUCUGUUCGGCAGUGGUUUCCUUCACUCCAGUCUGUCCCUCCUUUUGCAAACUGUCUCUCUCCGCUGGCCUCUGCUUCAACGAUGGAUUUGGACUCCUCUGCCGCUGAAUCCGUCUUUCUCCAAUACCCGCCUUUAGUUUAGCCUGCUAUACCGUUACAACAGGGUAGCAAGCUAGGUAAUGGGGAUGGUAAUUUUGGUUCCUGGUUUCUUGUUGACAUGCUACAGUAGUGCUGAUAUACGGUUUUACUGGGGGUUUCAUAGAGCGAACAGUGAACCCAAUUACCCAAUGGUUCUAUGCGCUCCUCCGCCAUCCUGCUUCUCUCAUCAGCGGCCGUGUGACAAAUCCUUUUCGCUCGCUGCUCGAAUAGCACCGUCGGCGGCGCCGCGCUUCCAAUUUCUCUAGUAAUCUUUGCGUUACUAGCCACCGCCCAACCAUUGAUCUCCGCCAGCACCGAUAUCCAACCUUGAAAAAAAAAGAGGGAGAAGAAGAAGGCAAAAAUCAGGGCACGCCUAGGAAAAACGAAGAAGAAGAAAGAAAAAAGAGAAGAGGACAAGAGAGAUUGAGAGGGGGCAGUCGGUAGUGGGGAAUUGCAGAAGGACGGCUAGGGUUUUUCAAUUAUAAAAAUUUAUUUUAGUUUUAUGUUUUAUUAUUUUUUAUUAGUUGAAAAUGAGGUGGAAAUUUUAAAUAAAUUAAAUUUGAUUUA